CGGAAGCUAACGUUGCUGCUAGCCAGCUUUGUUUACAUUUUGUUUGAGCUGAGUAAAUGACAACCUGGAGCAACAAUGUCUUCGCUUUCCUCUCAGAGAGAGUUCACCAACGCGCCUUCACCGCCUGCCGAAGAAACAUUACCAGACAUUAAAGAAAUUAUCGUAAAAUCCGAGGAAGAGAUCGAUGACAGCUUGGAUUUCAGCGAAAAAACCCAGCUCGUCGUAAAACGUACAGACCUUCAACAUCAUGAUGUAAAGAAGGAGGAGGAUUUUUCUGGCCAGGAGGAACCACAGUCUCUGACAAUGAAAGAAGAACAGGGUGAGCUACAACAUCUGCAGAUAAAAGAAGAAGAGAAUGAGCUUUGCAUUACCCAGGAUGAAGAACAACUUGUGGUGAAGAAGCAGGAAAUGAAAACCUUCCCUGCAUCUCCUACCGAUGUAGAAAUAAGCUGCAGUGAACCCAAACUAAUCAUGGAGCAACUCAUCUCUCAGGACGGCUGUGAUGCUGAGAACCGAAAUCAGGAAGAAAGCAACGAUGAAGACACAGAAAUAAGCAGCGAUGAAGAACCGAAACAAAAUAACAAACGUCAGAAAACCAGAGGGUAUGAUAACAAUUCUGGCAAAUUAAAACAAAAAGAGCAGAAGAAAACUCACAAAGACAAAAAUCUGUAUUCAUGUACGAUGUGUGAUAAAUUGUUUUCUCAAAAGACUCACUUGAUCUACCACAUGAGAACACACACAGGUGAGAAGCCUUUCUCAUGCAAGUUUUGUGGAAAAUGUUUCAGUAGAGAAAGUAUUGUGAACAAUCACCUGAGAAUACACACAGGUGAAAAGCCCUUUUCAUGUCUGACCUGUGGAAAAAGUUUCACUCUCAAGCAUAAGUUAACGGAUCACAUGAGAAUUCACACAGGUGAGAAACCGUUUCUGUGCAAUGCUUGUGAUAAAUCUUUUAACCUGAAAAGCAAUCUGAAGCAGCACAUGAGAAUCCACACGGGCGAGAAGCCUUUCUCAUGUGUGACCUGCGGUAAAAGCUUCAGUCAAAGAAGUCAAGUAACGCUUCACAUGAGAAGUCACACGGGUGACCGACCUUUUUCAUGCGCGACCUGUGGGAAAUGUUACAGUCACAAAGGUCACCUGACUGAUCACAUGAGAACUCACACAGGUGAGAAGCCAUUUUCAUGUCUGACAUGUGGAAAAAGUUACAGUCAGAAAGGCCAUUUGACAGUUCACAUGCGAAUUCACACAGGUGAAAGGCCGUUUCCAUGUAGCACCUGUGGAAAAACCUUCAGUCGAAGAAGUCGUUUAAAAAAACACGUGAGAAUUCACACAAGAUAAAAGUCCUGUGUGUGACCUGUGAGAAGUGUCUCAGUUUAAGGAGCUAAGAAGCAUUUUAUAUAGCUGUGAACUUUAAAUUAUCCCCUCACUUAUUUCUUAUUUUGCUUUUUGGUUACUUGAAUGUAAAAAUCCAAAGUAUCCUUGUCUGAGUAAUGUUCACUUGAACACAUUUCUAAUAAAUGAAUGUGUCUUCAGUACAAUCUUGUGUUGAACACACCGUAAGAGCAAUAAGGAAAAAUAAAACUACUGUUUGCUUUUACACACACAGAGGAUCACUAUAGAGUGACAUUAAGUCAUACAAAACAAACUCAAGCUAAAUAAACACCAGCUUCAUGUAAAAACUAUCUCUCCUACUAAAGUUUACCAUGAAUGGAACGGCAACAACAGAGCAAAAUUGGGGCUGUAAAGUUUGUUCAAAAGAAAAACUUUAAACAUAGUCAAUCACAUGAUAUGAGUUUUUAAAAUGGUCAACAACUUUGAACAACUAAUUUUGUGUCUCAUUAAAACUGUGAGCACAUCGGUUUUUGAUAAUAUUUUAGGACAUGCUGCCUUAUUGUUAAAAUGACCUGAACAUACUGACAAAGGUAUUGAUUUGCAUUGCUACUAACAGCCUUGUCACUGAGCACCAGACUCAGCGACUCCAUUGGUUCCCACUUUGCAACGUGAUCAAACUUAAACUGGAUGUGACGUCAUGAGGAGUUCAGAGGUCAAUGUGUAAAGGUUUGUAAAUAUGUCUCGUUUUAUAUCUUGGUUGUUGAAUGCAAGUAAGUUGAUUAUGACCCCGUUAUCAAAUCUAUGUAACUUUUCUUUACAGCACAUAACAGAACAAUCCCGGCAUUGUACUUGAGAGCAGUUGUAUUUAUAUUUUAUUGAUGAAAUAUACAAAUAAAUAAUAAAAAUCAUUA